UUUCCAGACAACUUUCAUAAAUCACGCAGUACUCUACUAAUCAAAAUCACUCUUCCUAGCUAUCCAAAUGGAGCUCUGCAGCAUUCUCCACUUUCUCCAAAACAAAACCAUUCUUCUCACUGGAGCCACUGGCUUUCUUGCCAAGGUUUUGAUUGAGAAGAUUUUAAGAGUUCAACCAGAGGUGAAGAAGCUUUAUCUUCUUUUGAGGGCUGCAGAUUCCGUCUCUGCUUUACAUCGUUUCAAUACUGAGGUGAUGGGGAAGGAGUUGUUCAAGGUUGUCAAAGAGAAAUAUGGGGCAAAUUUAAAUUCCCUAAUCCAGGAGAAGGUUACUUUGCUGGCUGGGGACAUCACUCGUCAUAACUUGGGAUUGGAAAGCUCCACUUUGGAGGAGCUGUUUGGACAAGUGGAUAUCCUCAUCAACUUGGCUGCAUCCACCGAUUUUGAUGAGAGGUACGACGUUGCACUGGGAAUCAAUACAAUUGGACCUGCGAACGUCUUCAACUUUUCAAAGAAAUGCAGUAAACUAAGGGUGUUCCUUCACGUAUCAACCGCAUAUGUGUGUGGAGAGAAGGAAGGUGUCGUCCUUGAGACGCCAUUUAAACUGGGUGACACACUCAAUGGGACAUCUGGACUGAAUAUUGAUAUGGAGAAGGCAUUGGUUGAGGAAAAAUUAGAAGAGCUUCGAACAACCAAAGCCUCAGAAAAACAUAUUACAUCGGCAAUGAGGGACUUAGGUAUUCAAAGGGCUAGGAAAUAUGGAUGGCCUAACACAUACUCUUUCACAAAAGCAAUGGGAGAAAUGCUGUUGGGGCACUUGAAAGAUGAUAAAACGCCUCUGGCUCUGGUAAUAAUUCGGCCUACCAUUAUUACCAGCACUUUCAAAGAACCCUUCCCUGGUUGGCUUGAAGGUGUCAGAAAUAUUGACAGCUUUAUUGUUGGAUAUGGAAAAGGCAAAAUGACAUGCUUUCCUGGGUGUCCUCAAAGUAUAGUAGACUUGAUUCCAGCAGACAUGGUAGUGAAUGCUAUGAUCGUGGCAAUGGCAGCCCAUGCCGAUGAACCAAUAGAGAUGAUUUACCAUGUGGGAUCUUCCAUUCCAAACCCGGUGUCGUAUCGUUGUCUUCAAAAUUAUGGUCAUCGUUUCUUCACCGAGCGGCCGUGGAUUAACAAGGACGGCAAGGCUGUUGUUGUUAGAAAGGGGAUAGAGUUGGGAACCGUGGCUAAGGUUAAGAGAUACAUGGAGCUGCAUUACUUGAUUCCUCUUAAGAUACUAAGUAUUGUAAACAUAGCAAGCUGCCAAUAUUUCCGAGGAACAUAUGUUGAUCUUGCCCGAAAGGUGAAGUUCUUGAUGCGGUUAGUAGAACUAUUCAGUCCCUAUGUCUUCUUCAAGGGAGUAUUUGACGACACGAACACAGAGAGAUUGAGAAGGUGGGCAACAGGAGAGAAUGAGAAUGAGAAUGAAAUGCUGAAUUUUGAUCCAAAGAGCAUUAACUGGGACGAUUAUUUUAUGUACACUCAUAUUGCUGGAGUAGUCAAAUACGCUUUCACAAGGUGAUCUAAUGGAGAAGGAUCAUAUAUAUAUAUAUAUAUAUAUAUUUAUAUAUAUGACAGUAGGAGGGGUUAUUACUUAUAAAUAAUGAUGCCUGCCCAUGUAUUAUUAAUGUUGUUAAGACAUAUAUUACAUAUUUGUUAAUUUCUAGAUCUUAUUAAUGUUGUGAAGCUUUUGGUAUGAAGUUAGUUUGGGGGCGUGUCUGGAUUUGGAAUUCAAUAUAUACAGUGCCCAAAUUCUGAAAGAAUCAAAAUGCCCAAUUCAGUAAAGUUGUGUAC